CGCAUUGAAAAAUGAUAGGUUUGUAUGAAUUCAUCUAAGUUGAGAUAACAUAGUAAAAUAUUUUAAAAAUGUGGUGUUUUCCUUUAAAGGCAGGCUGCACAUGAAAUUGCAAGGGAGUAACUUGUAUUUGUUUGGCAAAUACUAAUUAUCAUGCAUCCUUGUUGGAAUAUGUAAACAUCUACAAGUGGCUUUUGAAAAAAAGUGGUUGUCUGUGGGUAUGCUUGCUUACUGAACUUUAUAUAAAAUUGUUGAGAGAUAUCCACAUCACUGUGUGGACAAGAGUGUGGAUCUCGCAUAAGGAACAUAAACAUUAUUUGGAUCUGCUGAAUGUGGAAGAGAAGAUCAUAGAAAAUUAUGAAUUUCCGUCAGCGAAUGGGGUGGAUGGGUGUUGGACUGUACCUGUUGGCCAGUGUAGCUGCAGUGUAUUAUAUAUUUGAGAUCAGCCAAACAUACAAGGGGCUUGUGCUAUCCCAUGUAGAAAAGGCAGCUGGUGCACAACCAAAAUGGAUUGGAGAUACUCCUUCCUCCGCCCCUUUGUCAACCUCAUUGACAUUGACUUUGAAAACAAGACUACUGCUGCUUCCCUUCUGGGUGUGGGCCACCAUCUUCCUUCUUCUCUACCUGCAGGUGUUUCUCUUUCUGUAUUCCUGCACGAGGGCGGACCCCAAAACUGUAGGAUACUGCAUUUUGCCCAUCUGCCUUGCUGUGCUUUGCAACCAUCACCAAACCUUUACCAAGGCCUCUAAUCGUAACAGCAGACUGCAAGUGAUUGACACAUGAAGUGCAUUGUUUAGGAUGUGGGAUCAGUGUUUGGUAAAAUAGAAAAAUGCAUUCAUAAACAAGAUAACAGCACUUUGGUCAAUACAGGAAUAUACGUGGAUGUGAGGUUUUGUUGUUGGCCUUGUUGGGACACGCUUUUUUAAGUGUUUUCUUUAAAACUAAGGAUUUGAUUUCAGUGCUUUUAUUAUGCUGCAAAAGACUGGACCAUAUGUGGCACUAUUUUAAAAGUUGUAAUUUGUUUUAACUGAAAUAAGUCACAUUUUAAUUUUGUAAUUGAAGUUAAAUUUGAUAAAUGAAAUCUACAGUCUAAAUAGUAGCAAUCAAGCCAUUGUCCUAGAUGUGCACCUAGAAUGUGGGUAGGUGAUUUUACAUGUAGAAGACUUUUUGCAAACUAUUUGUCUGACAGCUGCA